AACAAUAAUAUUGAUUGAUAUAGUUGGUUAUGGGCACAGGCAUUAAGAGUUACCAACUUUGUCAUUUGGUGAGAAAAUUAUAUCAUUUGAGUCGUCUUUGUACUGUUGUAGAUGGCUAACGUUUGUUGCUCAAUUGAGUUGGAGCCGAGGACCUUAAAAGGAGGACAACUCAACCAUGCUAGGGAAGUAGCUGCGGAUGUUGUUGAAAAGUUGAAACCACAUGAAGCCACAGUCAUGUUCAUCGAGGGACUGAGACCCACUGGUUCAAUAAAGAAGAUGAAAAAGAUAACUGAAGAAGAAGAAAAGGAAGAUCAUCAAGUUGUUGGAUACAUGGAAAAGGCUAAAAUGAUUGAAAUACCUUGCCAAUGCUCAUGCACUGUUGGGACUAACAUUUCAGAAUCUACUGAACAAGAUAAGCUUAGGGAACCCCUCUCGGCCCCAUUUUGAGGCUUCGUAUUUGGGGUCAUGUUCUUCAUUGGUCUCUUGGCCAUAUAGAAAACCAAUAUUGUUUAUUGGUUUCAAAUAAGAACG